UUUGUUUAAAAAUGGCUGACCACUAUCAAAACAGCUAUCACCAUGGAGAAGGCUACCAGGCCGAAUACCAGGAAGAUGAAGAUGCAGCAAGUGACGCCACCGAGGGUCAUGACGAGGAUGACCAAAUGUACGAGGGCGAGUACCAGGGCAUCCCACACCCGGAUGAGGUAAAAACGGCGAGGUCGAAGAUCAAACUCCGCGCCGAUCCAGAUGAAGACGAGGGACUUGCAGAGCAGUAUGAGGAGAUUAUAGAGGACUGCGGACACGGACGCUUCCAGUGGAGUCUGUUUGUGGUGCUGGGCUUGGCGCUGAUGGCCGACAGCGUCGAGUGUUUCGUGGUGGCAUUGGCGCUUCCCAGUGCCGAGAAGGACAUGUGCAUGUCUAAUGCAGAGAAAGGCAUGCUGGGUCUGAUCGUGUUCCUGGGAAUGAUGUUCGGAGCGUUCCUGUGGGGGGGGAUGGCUGAUAAAAUAGGACGACGGAAAUGCCUGCUCAUCGCUCUGACCAUCAACUGCAUCGCCGCCUUCCUCUCUUCCUUUGCUCAGGGAUAUGGAUUCUUCAUCUUCUUCAGACUCAUAUCUGGCUUUGGGAUCGGUGGCUCUGUCCCUAUUGUGUAUUCGUAUUUCUCAGAGUUUCUGCAGAUGGAUAAGAGAGGAGAGCAUCUCAGCUGGCUCUGUAUGUUCUGGAUGAUGGGAGGAAUUUAUGCUUCAUUCACUGCCUGGGGCAUCAUCCCUCACUAUGGAUGGGGUUUCAGUAUGGGUUCGGAGUUUCAGUUCCACAGUUGGCGUGUUUUUGUGUUGGUUUGUGCCCUGCCCGCCGUCGCCGCCCUCAUCGGCCUCAACUUCAUGCCCGAGAGUCCUCGCUUCCUGCUAGAGCAUGCGAAACACGACGAGGCCUGGAUGAUCCUGAAGCGGGUUCACGACACGAACUGGAGAGCAAAAGGAGAACCGGAGCGAGUGUUCACCGUUUCUCAGAUCAAAACCCCAAAGACGCAGGAGGACGAGUUCUUUGAGAUUCAGACCUCCACAGGAACAACUUUCCAGAGAUGGGCGGUUCGCACGGUGACUCUGAUCAGACUGGUGCUGAAGAACGUCGCAUCUCUCUUAGCUCACGAUCUGAGACUCGCUACACUCCUCAUGGCUGUGAUUUGGUUUACGAUGGCUUUCAGUUACUACGGAUUAGCCGUGUGGUUCCCAGACAUGAUCAAGCACCUACAGUAUGAGGAAUACGAGUCCAAGGUGAAGAAUUUCCCCAGAGAGAAAAUCGAAAACUUUCACUUCAACUUCUCCCUGGAGAAUCAAAUCCACAGCGAUGGAAAAUACAUCAACGACAAGUUCAUCGGCAUCGAGAUGAAAUCUGUGAAGUUCGAGGACUCGCUCUUUGAGAACUGUUUUUUUGAGAACAUCAGGUCUACAGACACCUAUUUUGAAAACUGCACCUUCAGAUACACCACCUUCUACAACACCGAUUUUGAUAAAGAGAACUUCAUUGACUGCAUGAUGGACAACACGAGUUUCCUCAACCCUAAGAAGGGCUGCCAUCUCAACGUCCAGGAGGAAAACGAUGUCCUCGUUUACUUGGUCAGCUUUCUGGGAAGUCUGGCUGUGCUUCCCGGGAAUAUCAUCUCGGCACUCUUCAUGGAUAAGAUCGGGAGAAUUAAAAUAAUCGGAGGUUCCAUGCUCAUCUCAGCCGGCUGCACCUUCUUCCUCUUCCUGACCUUCAGUCAGGCGGCUAUCAUUGCCUUGCAGUGUCUGUUCUGCGGUGUCAGUGUGGCGGCGUGGAACGGCAUCCAGGUCAUCACCGUGGAGAUUUACCCCGCCUCAAAAAGAGCCACAGCGUUUGGUGUCCUGAACGCAACAUGUAAACUGGCAGCCAUCUUGGGCAGCUCCAUCUUCUCCUCGUUUGUGGGGGUCACUAAAGUUGUUCCCAUCCUCCUGUCCUGUGGUGCGCUGGUGUGUGGGGGAGUGCUGGCUCUGAAACUACCAGAAACCAGAGAGAAAGUUCUGCUGUGAUGUAAACCCAUACCCCCCACACACACACACACACACACACACACACACACAAACA